AUGGGAUGCCGGUGUUUCUUGCUGCAGUUUUGGCUGCUCUACCACAGCUUUGCCAGUGCAGUAUUCUUUGAGCAGUGCCCAUUCCAGGAUGUGUACACUGUCAGAUCUCAUGUAGACGCUAGUUACACAGCCAAGCCAGCAGCUCCAGAGAACGUGUAUCAGGUGCUUUUGCUCUUCUUUGUGCUCAUCAUCCUGCUUCCUGCUGUUGUGCCUGGGAGGCAGCAGCUGAUGGCCACAGUGGGUUUCAACGUCGAGACGGUGACUUACAAAAACGUCAAGUUCAACGUCUGGGAUGUGGGAGGCCAGGACAAGAUUCGGCCGCUGUGGCGGCAUUACUACACUGGGACCCAGGGUCUGAUCUUCGUGGUGGACUGCGCCGACCGUGACCGCAUCGACGAGGCCUGCCAGGAGCUGCAUCGCAUUAUCAAUGACCGGGAGAUGAGGGACGCCAUCAUCCUAAUCUUCGCCAACAAGCAGGACCUGCCCGAUGCCAUGAAACCCCACGAGAUCCAGGAGAAAGUGGGCCUGACCCGGAUUCGGGACAGGAACUGGUAUGUGCAGCUCUCGUGUGCCACCUCGGGGGACGGACCCUACGGGGGGCUCACAUGGUUAACCUCUAACUACAAAUCCUAAGGAGCGGUCUUCACCCAGUUCCCUGGAAGGAGAGAAAUCAAAAACCCAUUCAUAGGAUUAUCGCCACCAUCACCUCUUUCAAUCGCCACUUUCUCUUCUUUGGAAUGUGAACUCUGGAGUUACUGUUCUAUGGUUUAGGGAGGGGGGUUGGGUGUUUUUUUUUUUUUCCUUUUUUCUGCUUUGCGUUAGGAUGCUCUGAUCUGACAUUUGACAUGCUCACAAAGUGCUAGAUGCUCUUGUUGACUUCCAGCAAAUGGGGUGGGGGAAAUAGAGCAGUUCUUGGUAAAAUCCUUUAUAAUAAUGGUUUGAUUUUUUUUUUUAAAUUUCUAGAGAAUCUUUUUUCCCCCCCAAAAUG